AUGCACUAUUUGCGUGCGACGCUUUCUGGCGAAGCGGCUCGCAUCAUUUCUUCGCUCGAGAUUUCCGCCAAUAACUAUCUCGUAGCGUGGAAUUUGUUGAAGGAGCGGUUCGAAAACCCAAAUUUGUUGGUGAAGCGGCACAUGUCUGCCUUGCUCACGAUUCCUUCACUGAAAAAAGAGUCUGCACAAGGACUCGCAGAUCUCGUCGAUGAGUUCAAUCGGCACGUGCAGCUGCUGGAUAAACUCGAAGGUGCUGAGAACCACUGGAAUGCCUUUCUAGUCGAACGAUUGAGCCAAUGUUUUGACUCCGUCACGCUCCGUGAGUGGGAAACAUCCGUUUCCAAUAGUGACGAGUACCCCAAGUACCAAGAACUUCUCGAGUUUAUCCACAGAAGAUCGCGAAUCAUACAAACCCUUAAGCUCUCCCAAACGGCAACCACCCAAUCCGAGAUCAAACAUCCCAAAUCCCGAUCCGUCGUGUCGCACGUUGUAUCCGACAAUGUUCCCAAGUGCGCCAGCUGCAAACAGGCACAUUUCCUGUUCCAGUGCGAACAAUUUCGAACGCUCUCUCCUCAACAAGUCUCGAAGAAGCACGGGCUGUGCAUCAACUGCCUGAAGGGAACACACCAAGCGAAGAACUGCUCCAGCGGAUCCUGUAAGAGCUGCGGCAAGAAACACCACUCGUUGCUGCACUUGCCACCCCUCUCUUCCGCUCCCGGUCCACAACCAGGGAUUUCGUCGAACAAGUCCGCUGAAGCAAACACUUCGCAGUCAUGCCAAAUGUCGCACUUCGUUCCAAAUCAUGUCGAAAGCUCUCCGCCAGAAGAGCUCGCCGUUGCCUCACCACCUGUCUCGUCGGUUCGUUCGCAAUCGUCGCGCGGUAAGCCUUUCCCAUGUUCGUCGGUCGAUCUCGUUACCAAUUCCCCAUCCACCGCCUGCCAAAGCGCGGAAGUGAUUACCCAACCUCGGCAGUCAACAGUCAUUCUGUCAACAACAGUGAUAAAAGUGAAAGAUGCCGACAAUCAGUACGUUCUCGCCAGAGCCCUCCUGGAUAGUGGAUCACAGCCGAGCUUCAUCUCCGAAGCACUUUGCCAGAAACUUCGUUUGAAGCGGACAAAGCUCAACUCGCCAGUCAGUGGGAUCGGACAAUCCGUCGUUAACGUCCGCUACGCUGUGACACUAUCUCUAACCUCUCGUUUCGAAACCUUCACUGCUCAGUUGGACUGGCUCGUGCUACUAAAGCUUACCGUCUCGCUGUCUAGCCACCACAUCGACGACGCUCGCUGGAGAAUUCCAAGGAAUCUCCCUCUCGCUGAUCCACAGUUAAACAUCAGCCAAGGCGUGGACAUCAUCAUCGGAGCUGCUCUGUUCUUCGAUCUUCUCGAGCACGAUCGCAUCUCGCUCGCCUCUGGCUAUCCAACGCUUCAGAAAACAGUGCUUGGAUACAUCGUCUGUGGAAAGCUAGAGCAGCCAACGCCCGAAGCAACAGAAGCCCAGACCUGCCACAUCUGCGUCGAAGACAGGCUCGAUACCCAGCUCCAGCGUUUCUGGGAAAUUGAAAACUUUGAUGACGGCAAAGCACUCACUCCAGAUGAACAGCUCUGUGAAGACCACUUCCAGAGCACCGUCGCUCGUGACAACACGGACCGCUACGUCGUUCGUCUUCCGUUCAAGGAAGAAAAGGUGUCGAUGUUUGGAGAUUCGCACACCGCUGCGCUGCGAAGAUUCCAACAAAUAGAGAAACGAUUCGCCGUCGAUGAAGAUCUCCGUCGCAGCUACACAGAGUUCAUGGAGGAGUAUGAGAGGUUGGGUCAUAUGGAGUUGGUUCCCGUCGCGUCGCGUAGCCCGCAGUUUUUCCUCCCGCACCAUGCCAUCCAGCGACCAGAGAGGACGACCACUAAAACGCGUGUGGUAUUCGACGGUUCCUGUCGUGGAGCGGCCUCGAUAUCGCUGAACGAAGCACUGUACGUCGGACCAACGGUUUAG